UUCACAUAUACCUGGAUGUGUUUUCUCUUCUUACAGGGUGUCAGCACAGUUGGGUCUCGUAGAGGCAGCAGUGGUCUGCAGGUGCACGUCCUCCAUGACUUCACCCCAGAGGGUCCAGGGGAGCUGGGUCUGAGGGAGGGGGAUGUGGUGACCAAUGUGGAGCAGGUGGACAGUGAGUGGUACCGCGGCUCCUGUAGAGGCUCCUCUGGCUUCUUCCCUGUCAGCUAUGUCAAAGUUAUGUCAAAUGCAUCAACACUGACCAACACAAAGAAGGCAAGGCCCCCCCCUGCAACAGUCAGUGGACCAAGGUGUGUGGCGCGGUUCGACUUCGAGGGUGAGCAGAGUGACGAGCUAACCUUUUCUGAGGGAGACGUGAUUCAGCUAAAGGAGUACAUGGAAGAGGAGUGGGCGAGGGGACAGAUAGGGGCCCACACUGGAAUCUUCCCCAUCAACUUUGUGGAUAUCAUAGAAGAUCUUCCUCCUCUGCCACAACCACAGCAAUCAUUCCCCACCAAGAUGGCACUACCUGGCAUGGUUUCUUCAACCAAGACCCAAGAGGCUGCCAAACCCAUACAGGUAUGGUUCAUGUGGUGCAAUGCUACCAGUCUUUACAUAGCACAGGGCGCCCAGUGGCGACCUCUGCUAAUCUUGGUGUUCUCUGGCAAAUGCCAAACGUCCUGCACGGUGUUGGGCUGUAAGAACAAUCCCCACCUGUGGACGCCGGGGCCCUCAUACCACACCCUCAUGGAGUCUGUUUCUGACCGCUUGAGCAGACACAUGCACAUUUGUGGCCUGCUGGAGGUCAUUUUGCAGGGCUCUGGCAGUGCUCCUCCUUGCACAAAGGCGAGAGGUAGCGGUUCUGCUGCUGGGUUGUUGCCCUCCUCUACGGCCUACGACUAUUCCUCCACAUCUCCUGAUGUACUGGCCUGUCUCCUGGUAGCGCUCCAUGCUCUGGACACUACGCUGACAGACACAGCAAGCCUGCAAGACUCCGUCUCAUGCUACCACUAG